CUCAGUCACAGACAAAAAGAACAAACCAAAAUGGUUUUUUGGAGUGGGAUAAUCCUUCUUUUACUUAUCUCUUCCGUUUCUGGAGGUUCUACAGCGGCCGAUGCGACGGAGGAGUGCAAUUUCUUCGCCGGAAGUUGGGCUGUUGAUGAGACUUACCCGCUGUACACGGCGGCGAGUUGCCCAUUUGUCGAGCACGAGUUCAGCUGUGUCAAAAAUGGCCGUCCAGAUUUGGGUUACACAAAGUACAGGUGGCAACCUCUCGAUUGCGAUUUAACCAGGUUUGAUGGAAAACUUUUCUUAGAAAAAUUUAGAGGAAAAAAUAUACUCUUCGUCGGAGACUCACUUAGUAGAAAUCAAUGGCAAUCUUUGACAUGCAUGAUUCACUCUGCUGUACCAGAUACACCUUACACCCUGACAAGAGUCGGAGAUGUUUCCAUAUUCUCUUUUACGGAAUAUGAAGUGAAAGUGAUGUUAGAGAGAAAUGUAUUUCUAGUAGAUGUUGUAAAGGAAGAGAUUGGGAGAGUGUUGAAGUUGGAUUCCAUUAAUGGAGGAUCAGCUAAGCUAUGGGAAUCCAUUCACUUUCUCAUUUUCAAUACUUGGCAUUGGUGGAACCGUAGGGGACCUUCUCAACCUUGGGAUUAUAUUCAAAUAGGGAAAGAAGUGUUGAAAGAUAUGGAUAGAAUGGUAGCUUUUGAGAAGGCUGUCACAACUUGGGGAAGAUGGGUUGAUCUCAACAUUGAUCCUCAAAAAUCUAAAGUCUUUUUCCAAGGAAUUUCUCCAUCCCAUUACAAUGGAACUUUGUGGGGAGAACCAAGAGCAAAGAGCUGUGCGGGGCAAAAAGAACCGGUGGCUGGCUCUGUCUAUCCAGGCGGGUUGCCGCCGGCCGUGGCGGUGCUAAAGGCGGCACUAAGCAAAAUAAAAAAGCCGGUUCAACUACUGGACGUGACGGAGCUAUCAUUGCUGAGAAAAGAUGGGCAUCCCUCCAACUACGGCUUAGGUGGCAGAAUCGGAUUGGAUUGUAGUCAUUGGUGUCUUGCCGGUGUUCCUGAUACUUGGAACCUCAUAUUUUACAAUCUCAUUAUUUAGAAUGGAAAAAGAAAAAAAAAAAAAUCCACAUUUUUUUAAAAAAAAUUAUUUAAGAAAAUGUCACUUUUCCUUAUUUCUCAUUACAAGUUUACAACACAAAACACACAAUGAUUGGAUAAAAUUAGGGAAAAUUGAUAUUUUCAAAAGGGAACUUUGUUUAAUGUUUUUGUUCAUUUUUUACAUUAAGAUGGAUUUGUAUGUUUCGUUGUUGAACUUCAUUGGAUUUGGCUUAUUCUUUUUUUUCUAUUUCCAACCAUGGAUCGGUA